AGGAAAUCAUCUGUGUAAAGUAACAAGUGAUAAUACAUUAACCCCAAAUAACACUGCAGAAAAAGUGCAAUCUAUGAAAAAUAUCUCUUAUCAUGCCUAGUUUGCACAACAGGUACUGUGAUCGCCACCAUGACCCAGAUGUAUUCAUUAUCAUAGGGUAAGGUACAGGUUUUGCAUGAUAACAGCAUGCAUUAUAGCAUUAUAACAAGACAUGUAUGUUGGCAGCCCUCCAAUAAUUGAUUAGACCCAACAUUUUGCUGAAGGAGGCUGAACUCGCUCCUGGUGUAUUUUUCCUCCUUGCCAUGGGUACAGCACCGAGUGUUUGUACAUUAAAUAGUAGCGGCUAAGGACGUACAGAAACUUCAUUUAAAACCCAAACACCUAAAUAAAGAGGGGGUUAGGAAUCAGCACAGUCUCUACAACAUAACUGGCAAGGGUAUGGCACGGUGCAGGGCUAAGAUAUCACAAUUCCUGGGGCCCAACGUGUACUCAGGGGCCCCUGAUGGAGGCUGGGGAUGGGUGGUUGCCUUGGCCUUUUUCCUAGUGGAAGUUUUUACAUAUGGCACAAUCAAGAUUUUUGGCAUCUUCCUUCAGGACCUAAUGAAUGAGUUUGAGGAGAGCAACAGUCGGGUCUCCUGGAUUGUUUCCAUCUGUAUCUUUGUCAUGACCUUUAAUGGUCCUCUCUCCUCGAUGAUGACAAACCAAUUUGGCUUUCAAGUUGUUGUUAUGAUUGGAGGAUUACUUAUUUCCACCGGUACCAUUGCCACCAGCUUCUGUAGCUCCAUCAAUCAAAUAUACAUCACUUAUGGAUUAGUUGCAGGCAUGGGAUACUGUCUGACUUUCCUGCCCACUGUGACCAUCCUGUCACAGUACUUUAACCGUCGGCGAUCUCUGGUCAUAGCUGUUGCUUCUACUGGAGAGUCGUUGUCAAUGUUUGCCCUGGCACCAGCAUUUUCCGCAUUGAAAGAAAAUAUUGGCUGGCGACAUACUGUGGCAUUGCUUGGAGCUUUGCAAAGCGUCAUUAUUGUGUGUGGUGUGCUGCUUCGGCCAAUCAUUAUCAAACCUGGAUCAUCCUCAAAAGAGUUGGAGGCCCUCAGGACACUAGAGAAUUCAGAUGGUACAAACCCAGAGGAUUCUGUGACUAAAGACAAUGAACCAACAGGGGGCUCUGUGAGCACUGGAGACUCAGGUAUCCAGUCUCUAAAGGACAGCAGCAACCUUGAGGAAAAUAAUUUCCAGCACAAAGAAGCAAAGUUAGAGACAGAGCCUAUAUCAGCAGGUAUCAGUAAGGCGGAAAUGAGUGAAUCCGAAACAGAGAAAACAGACAGAGAUGCAGAGAAGCAAGAGCUACAUGAUAAAGAAGCUAAACCAGAUACUGAACAGCUACCCGUAAAACUCUUAGACUUCUCCAUCCUCAGAGAGUGCAGUUUUAUUUUGUAUUCCCUGUUUGGACUUUUUGCCACUCUUGGCUUCUUUGCCCCUCCACUCUACAUCAUCGACCUGAGCGUAAGUCGCGGUGUAGAGCGGGAACAUGCUGCAUACAUGCUCUCCACUAUGGCUGUAGCUGAAAUCUUGGGUCGGUUCUCCAUUGGCUGGAUCCUCACAUGGAAGCACUUCAGUAAAAGGAAGCUUCAGGUGCUCCUGGCAUGUGUAAUCACAAUGACCGUCGACCUGGUGGGAUUUACUUUGGUCACAGAGCUUUAUGGCCUGGCUGUUUGCUGUGCUUUCUACGGUUUCUUCAUGGGAACCCUGGCAUGCACCCACAUCCCCAUGCUGGCUGAGGAUGAUGUGGUGGGCAUAGAGAGGAUGUCUUCAUCUGCCGGUGUCUAUGUGUUCAUCCACAGCUUUGCAGGGCUGGCUGGACCACCACUUGGAGGCGUGUUGGUGGAUGUGACAAACAAUUAUGGAGCAGCUUUCUACUCCUGUGCGGUGGGCAUGGGGCUGAGUGCUGUUUUCCUUGUUUUGGUACGACCAGCUAAGAGAGGAUUUCCCUGUUGGAGGAGAGGCUGCAAGAAACAGAGUGGAGGACAGAAACCAGAUGAAAGAACUAACAGCACCAGCAACUGCUCCAAGUCGGAUUGCAUACUGGAUGUCAGUCAGACCGGAGCCCAGACAGAUGUUGACGAGGGUACAGCUUAACCUUAAACUGAGAAAACAUAAGUGCAAUAAAAAGGUAAAGCCAUAAAAGGUGUAAAGGCUGCUGAGGCAAACAGCUAUAGAUAAAGUGCAUCUGCCAUUAUAGAUCUGGCAACUACAAUAUGCAUGUAGCAGGUAUGCCUUAACUACAGGAUAGACCAAACAGUGUUUUUACUUUAUUGCAAAGAUUGUCUUGCUUUAAUGGACAAUGGCAUGAAAGGUUGUAGGAAGGUAUGCUCAAAAUGAGCCAUGAUGAUGCAGUGUGAUAUUUAGAUAUUUAACAUUUUAGAUAUCAAAGAGGUCUAACGCUGAAGCUUUAUUAUCUACUUGCUGAAAAUCAACACAACAAGAACAGCUGGAAAAACAACAAAGCUGCACAGAUUCUGUAAAACUAGUUCUAACCAAAUCAAAACCUCAGGAGUGUGUGACUGAAAUUUUUUAUUUAAUCAAACUGUUAUCAAACUGUAAAUGCACUAUUACAUAUAGGUCAGACCACUGUUUUACAGUUUUCGUAAGAAGAAUGUGUUCAGUCAUAAUAAAGUAAUGCUGGGAUUUGAAA